CGCUUUCAAAACCGUUGCAUGCUCGCGUUCACAAAUUCCUAACGAAUCGCCGAAUCGAGGGCCAGCAGCUUGUUCGGUGCAUCCACAGGAAACUCUGUGUGAGUGCUGCUGGAACAGAGCAGGUCCUGGAUGUAGGAACUAUGAAUGACUGGCAGAGAAAAAGCCCUCUAGAUUGGGAAACAUAUGUGAACAAAUUGGUGAAAGUUGUUGCAGUUGAGAAACAUGAAUAUGAAGGAUGGGUUUUAACAGUUGACCCAGUUUCUGCCACCAUUGUCCUCGCAACAUUCCCAGAGAACGAGACAGGAUCCAUAUCAUUCGUCAUGGGCCACGCCGUCCGAGAGGUCGAGGUCCUGCAGGAAGGGGACAGCGACACGAAGCAGCACCUCGCUCGCAUCCUCGCGCCCGAGGAAAGCCAGGCCUACAGCCCGGAGGAGCUGGAGAAGAGGAAGAACGCCUUGAAGAUGUGGCUGGAGACGAACCACAUCCCCGUGGGCGAGCAGGGGGAGCUGGGCAGGACGCUGAGCGUGGCGGGGGUGCUGACCAUCGAGCCGCCGUACGGCCCCGAGCAGUGCAGCAGCGCCAACGAGAUCAUCCUGUCCCGCGUGCAGGGCCUGCUGCAGGGCUACCUGCAGCAGCAGCAGCGCUGAGGCUGCUGCUGAAGCCUUUCUCUCUAGGAGCCCUCCUGUUUCAUUGACUCCUGGGUGUCAAUGGUCACUGUUUGCAGAAAAAGCUGCGUUUCGGGUACUUUUUGUCUUUUUUUUUUUUUUUUUUUUUUUUUAAAUGUAAAGGAAGGAAUAAAACAAGAAGUAUAAACUCAAAGCACAGGCGGUUUUUUUUCAUGUGCUGUUGUACUAAGCUGAUUUAUCAGUUUAAUUUCUCGGUUUAGAGUUCUUGUAAUGGUAUUGUAAAAGGUGAUAUAUAAUACAUUUAAACUGUUUUCCCUUUAAAACUAGUUUAAUUAUCUAGUGCUGAAUCUGUUUAGCAGAUUCUUCUUUACUUUUUUAUAGAAUUAUGACAUCUGGACUUCCCAAACCAAAUGAAAAAAAAUGUUCAGAAAGCUGUUUUGUUGUUUUCAUUGCUGUUUGUUUGUUUUUCCUAUUACUGUUUUCCUAGUUUAGAACACAAAUUACAAUGCACGUCUGAGUUUGUAAAAUUAUUAGGGAAGGUUAGCAGGCAAAUAGCAGGUUUAAAAACCUAUCUAUAUUUGUUGUUUUUGAGCAGCAGUACUUGGGAAACCAGUGUUCUGUAAAAGGAAAACGUGUUGCAAUUCAGUAAGUUUGUGUUUCUUAAUGCUCUGUUUCUAGUUUAUGCCAAUACAUGAUGCAGGAAUCAUUAUGUGAUUAUUCCUGAGAUUAUUAAUGCAGUGAGGAACAUUUAGAACCCUCAUUUAUCUCAGUAUAUUUGUUCUGCCUUAUUAGGAGAUAAGCACAUUGGUGUGCUCAAAUGCAGCUGGAAAGUCUGCCUAACCCUUGUUCUUAAAAGGCUCUCCCCAUUUGUGCUGGCAUUUACCUACAAUUACUUUUCAUCUGUCAGGUUUGUGUUGAUUUUUUCUUAAAAAAUGUCUGCUGCACAUCCA